AAAUGGCACAUAGGGAAUUCAACAUUUUUGUAACAUGUUACAAUUUAAAUAUUUCUAGAUUUUGUACCAGUUGCAAAUUAGCUCAGUGGUAAAGCAUACAGUCCAUGUUAAACAGAUCUUUUGCCGUGUGGGUUCGAAACUCAGCAUCGACAUUAAAUUUUUAUUUCUCAUAAACAUUUAGAUUCCUUCAUGAACUAUGUGACAACACAACAGAGAAGUAUCUUAAGCCGAUAUGGCAGAUCAGAAAAGUUUAGCAUUAUAUCAAAGAUGAUAUUGACUAAAUGCAUGCAUUUAAGCCAUGCAAAUAAUAAACAUACUGUUGUGUUAUAUAAAGGCAUACAUACAAAUACAAACCAUCAAAGAAAGAAACAAAAACACGGGAACAAAAAUGAAAACGAAAAGAAAAAAGAAGCACAAAAAGACAAAAAAUGAAAAAAACCCUCGCGAAGAUUCGAACCCACAAAAUGAUUUGCUUAUAAUAUUCAGUUGUUAUCUGCGUUUUACCCGACUGAGCUAUGUUUCCAUAUAAGCAUAGUAUAUAUUUAAGAUGAAAGAAAUACUAAUAUUUACUUAGAAGGUAAUGUGUAAGCAUUAUGGAUUGGUAUUUAUUCGGUUAUCAUGAAAUAGAAUCGUCCUCGCGUUUCGGCGGGAAUCUUGUUAUCAUUGGGGAUUAGUACCACCGCUUUUAUAAUUGCUAAUGACAAAGUUUAAUAUGUUGUUGUGUUUCAGUAAUCUUCUGUAAGGUAUGAAAUCAAGGUUUUUCCAAUUUUAUGCAGAGCUGACAUCCUUCUUAAAGUGGAAGUAUGGGCAUUUUUCAAGUAAAAACCCAGCUAAAAUGGAUGUGUGUGUAAAAAAGGUGGAUAAUAUUAUAGAUUUUAACCCAGUGUACCAAACUCUUCCUGUUACUAGUAUGAAAUAAUAACUUUUCAAAUAUGACUUUUCUUAUUUUGACUUGGGCAGUCUUUUUUAAGAAAAGUCAAACUGUACGCGGGAGUUGCUUCCCUUCAACUUCAGAAAUCUCUACCUAUAGGUAAGGGAGAUCACUGUGUAGAAGCUAUUAUUUUAUUAAUCUGAUUUCUUUAUUAAGCAUCAAUUUAAAAUGCUUAUGUGGCAUCAUCGUUAAUUUAACACAUAUAAAUGCACAGCAACCGAAAAUUGCUUUUAUACACUCACCCAAAACACAUGUUGUGCAGUAAAGUGCACAUAAUGCCACUUUAAGUUUUUAUUUGGUGAUGAUACUAUUUUCUUUCAGAUUAAAUAUGACGAUACAAGCUCAAUAUUUUAUACUGAUACUGAUUCAAACGUAAGUUUGUUGUUUUCUAUCUAAACACCGAUUUAAACAAUGGUUUGUUAUGAAAUCUUUUGAUUUUGGUCAAAACGGCUGUUUUGUGAGAACAUGAAUAUGUGGAUAUAAAAUAAAUGGAAAUUAUACUUGUUUGUUGAGAUUUAAUAUCAUGUAUUUAUUCAAGCACAAAAUCCCUGAAAAUUAAUCGGUCAUGUAACUUAAUGAUUUUACAGUAGUAAAAAAGUCUUGCAACAAAAUUUUUAGUUUGACAUGUUUCACUUGUAAGUUAAAUUGGACAUUCUCAUUUGUGGUGUUGCUAAUUCUAAAUAAAUGGUAUUUAAACCUCAAUGCAAACUAAGCAUUUAUGACUUAUUGUAAAGGAAAAGUUGUGAUUUUUGUAAUUAAAUUUUGUGUCAUUCAUUUUGUGAUUUGGCCCAAAUGGUUAUUUCAUGGGGACAUGAUAUUGUCACAUAUUGUGGAUUUUAUAUCUGAUUAAUCUUUAUCCUGCUAAAUUUCUACAAUAGACUGUUCCUUCUUUCAAUUUAGCCAUUACCACUUAUUAUUCAAAGGGGUGUUCACUGAAAAUUUACGGACUGAAUAGCAAACAGUGCAGACCAUGAUCAGCCUGCAUGAAAAGAAUUCUUCCACGAUUACAAUAGAUUUCACAGCAUACAAUUUUUGUAGUUUCAGAAAUUGCAUCAGAUAUCACAAUCAAUUAUAGUAAGUCAUCAGAGGAAAGUGUCAACAAUAAAACAGAAUGAUGUGUGUUUUGUGCACUUCAUGCCAAAGUUUGAUGUGUUCAGACAGUUUAGUCUGGAGGAGGGGCAAGCAUAUAGAACAUUUAUACGCUUGAUCAAUGGACCACAGAGGUUGAUUCCAACUUUAGAGAAGUUGGUACCAGGCUGUGGUCUUGGAUUGAUAGAGCUAGGAUACGGAAUGGCAGAUGAAGUUAAUCAGAUCCCGCACAAACAGUUCCUACAAGUUUACAAGGAUGUUAAAAGUCUCCCAGAAUAUGAAGGAUCAGUGUUACAUCACCAGUUAGCAGGUAAAGAAGUGCAUGAGGAGGCAGAUUACUUUGAUAUUGCAGAGCAAUAGUGGAGUGGACAAGAAAAAAGAUGAUAGUAUUUUGGAAAUUAGAUCUGCAUCAAGUGGUUGUGAAAAGAUAUCCCAUUGAAAGCGGCCAUAGCUGAGAGGGUCUAUUGGACUGUAUAAUGGAAGGGCAAUGGUUGAGAUGUGGUUAAGACAAUGUGGAGUAGUUUGCCUAACAGGAGUUAAAAAGUUACUGCUACAUGAAAGAGUUGCAAAUACAUUUAUUUCCCACAGUUCAUUUAUAACAUUGUGAAAUCAUUAGCAUAUGUAGGGGAAUAAUUGUUAUGGAAUUCAAGAUUGCAUCAAUCCACAAAAAUAAAUAAAAAGUUGAAUUCCAUUAUGAAAUAGCUGUUUUAUUGAUAUUUACAAUUUUUUAUGCUAACUAAAUCCAUGGAUUAUAUAGUAAUGCUGUUCAAAUUGUCUGUAUCAGUACUUACAUCCACAUGCUGUUUCCUCUCUACUAAUUUU